AUGCCCCCAGCAAUCCCGCCUCCGUUAGUGAGCCACAUUCAGUCCUUGCUGUCCCCGUCCAGCCCGCACAGUCAAACACUCAUCACCUCGGUUCUCAGCACGCCCUCGCCUUGGCUCGUUCUGCGAAUCAUCUACGCGGCUUUGUACGGGGUCGAGGACGACAUUGGCACGAGAGAGGGGAGAGAUGCAGAGGGGCUUGAGAAAACGUCGGCGACCACGGCGGUGCCGGUUGUCUUUGCGAGUUUUCUGCGGCCCUUGACUCUGUGGGUUGAACUGGGAAAGAAGAUUGGUCUUGAUAUCCAGUCACUGCUCCGGAGCAGGAAAAUCGUCUAUGUCGAUGGCCUCUCUUAUGGCCCAUCGCGUCGUCCGUCAGUGUCAGGAGGAGGAAGCAGUAGUGGAGGAGACCCGUCCCUUUCACCAACGACGAGGCUGAAGUCACUGGCACUGAGCGAUGUACAGGAUGCUUUGACUUCGGCCUUAAAGAGCCUCGCCACGACUAUGUCUCCCUCUCCGUCGAUAUCGAGUUCAUCAUUACCACGCACGCCAGCAUCUCGAUUACCUUCGACUUCCGUCCCCCCAACACAACCCCUCGAAACUAAAAAGCCACUCAUCAUCCUAGACGGCAUUGACUUUCUCGCAGCCUGCCAACCGUUUCUCCCAAUUAUAUCUGUGCAGGCAUUCCUGUCCACGCUACGCACUCAGUCUCACGCUCUGGUCGUUACCUGCAGCGCCGACGCUCCGUUAAUGCGCAUUGCCGCCUCCACAAACGAAGAAGGGGCCCCCCUAGAGCGCAACCACGCACAUCUCGUGACGGCCGUGGCGCAUCAAAGCCGCUGGGUGUUGCAACUCCGAGGAUUGGACACGGGCAGCGCGAAAGACGUGUCCGGCGUGAUCAGGGCAAGUAAAGGAGGCGGGCACGAAGGUAACGAGAAUGACGAACACGCAGUCUCUACUACCCAGAGGAGAUCUGGAGACGGCGAUGACUUGGAUGAUGCCGAAUGGUUAUAUCAACUCAAAGGGGAUGGAUCAGUCAGAGUGUGGGGUCGUGGUGAAUGA